CCAUGAUUUUGCGGAAGAAGUACAAUGCUGCUCGCAAAGGACUUGACGUUGAGACAUCUCUUCGUGAUUUCGAUUCUGACGCGCUGGAGCACUUGCAAGACUACAUCGCAGACAUGGCCCACACAAUGCCAGACGUUGACAUUGUAGUGGACGCGCUCGAUCCACUCACGACCGACAAACAUAAGAUAUCUUCAGCAUGCAAAGCUGUAAAGCUGCAAUUGUCCAAAUGCACACCUCCCAAGCUGGAGACAUCUGCGCUCAACAAACGGCUGAACCUUGUGUGGACUGUGGCACCAAGCACAGCUUCAAAGAAAAGGCUGAACAAGCAGGGGAGAGAGGGGGGUGUGGAGAGCUCCUUCCCUUACUUUAUCUCCGUCGACCCGUCCACCUUCGCGGUCACCUCACAACUCGCCAAGCAGCUUGACAUGGCCACAGCAACACAUGGCGACGGGACCUCUGGCUUUGAAGACAUCAGCACGGACGAAUACAAAGAGUGGAUCCAAUACCAAAUGGUGGUGUGCAUUCACAAUUACUUCAAUCGCAAGAAGCUGCACAGCCGCAUGAUGGUCAUCGCCAACGCGCCUGUCUCGAAUACGGAGCAGUACAAGAUUGACGCUGCGUUUCGUCCGACCGUGUGCGAGCUGCACCACAGCUUUCUGCCUCUUAUCAUUGAGUUCGAGCAGCAGCGUGCACAGCGAGCGGCAGCAAAGGAGCAAUUGCGCGAAUACGCAUUGCACGCUAUCAAGUGCGUUCCCCGCUGGGAGUCUGUGAUCAAGGGGCUGAUGUACCCCAUUGGCAUCACCGUCGCCGGGAACUGUGUUGAUGUGUAUGGUUUCGUCCUUGGACACAAGACGUUCGCUGGUGGCCAGAAGAUGCCAGUCAUCAACACCAUCACCCUAACAUCCACCACGCUGUCCAAGUUCUCCUGUGUGCUGGAUGUGCUCUUGUCUGAGCCCCUGCUGGCCUACUACGACUCGCUCUACGCUCGAUGCUUUGGAGCCCCUGCCACCACCUCUCCGCCACCGCUGCCAUCUCCCCAGUGCGAUGUCCCACCUGCUCUUGUUGAGCGCAUUCGCUUGAGCGGCGAUUGCCCCGAGGAACCACAGCAGCCACAGCAGCAGCACCAGCACCAGCAGCACCAGCACCAGCACCAGCAACUACAGCAGCAACAGCAGCCACAGCACCAGCACCAGCAGAGAGAUGAGGUCAUCUUGGCCAACAUGCGCGUGUUCUUCGAAUUUGAAGACAUCAAUGCAGACGUAAAGAUUAUUGACGACACUGUGGUGAAGCGUGUGCCUGACGACCACAACAUCGACCGCAUUCGUCUUAUGUGGCGCAUCCUGCACCCACGUCACCCGAUUCGCGUCAUCAACAGCAACACCAUCGUCAUGCUCUUCCUCGGCAGCGGCAAGUUCACCACGCCAGAGCAGCUGUUGGACCGGCUGCCGUUCAAAAGCAUCCACGACUUUUACUCACUGGCCAUGGCAUGGGCUCGCCCCGACUUUGGCGAGAGGUUUGAUGUCCUGAGCACGUGUGAUCGGUUUGAGGAUGCGUGCCGGCGGCUUGUUGAGUGGCUGCAGCAGAAGAAGCGUGACAUGGCGCAUAAGGGCGGUGGGAACGCCGAUGACGGUGACCAGGGACAUGAUGAUGAAGAUGAGGAGGACGAUGAUGAUGAUGAUGAUGAUGAUGAUGAUGAUGAUGAUGAUGAUGAUGAUGAGGAGGAGGAGGAGGAGCAGGAGCAGGAAGGCCGUGAGGUGGGCGUGAAGAAGAAGCUGAAGAUCCUCAACAAGCUCAUCGAAGGAAUGCAGAACGCUACCAUUCUUUGACCUGUGUUGGUGCAACCACCCUUGCCUUCUUUUAUGGUGGUGGCGGUGACAGGGGAUGAUGAUGACGGUAGUGGUGGUUGAGGUGGUGGUUGAGGUGGUGAAAUUGCUGUGUCUGGUGUUUUGUCUGCUGUUGCUUUUGCUAAUUUGCUUGUUGUGGUGGGCCAGGCCUCCUUGUGAUACUUGUUGUGCGUGCUAUGAUGG